CCGGGGAAUCCGGGUACCCGGCCACCCAACUACCGCCUACCCAGUCGAGAUGUCAGCGAGGACACUUGCUAGGAUUUUAAACAUCCGUUUGUGAAUUUCACCUUGAAGAUCACCAGACUUAGUUCAACACUUACAAGUCCGUGACUCAGUUUUCUUGAGAAGAAGAAUGGAACAAGAGAAUCAAAUGUGUGGUGGUCUUACAAAAACGAGAGACGCUGGGGAAAAAGAGCAGGCUCUUGCUGAUAAGGUUCGUCCUUCUCUGGAAAAAGAAGAGGGAAAGACAUUUCCGAAGUAUGUUGCGACUAAGUACAGGUCACAGGUGGUGAACGGUAUCAACUAUUUCAUCAAGAUUGAUGUCAAUGAACCACACAAUUUCAUCCACGCAAAAAUCUACGAAAGUUUCGAUCAAGAAGUGUCCCUUCAGAAGUAUGAAAAAGGUCACACGGACUCUGACGAGAUCAAACCCUGAGUUCACUAACCUCUCUGACAUGCAGCCUACAGAUAAGAAGACUGGCUUCUAAUAAAACAAUGUUGACAAAAUAUCUUGAA